AUGAAAUCGACCUUGAACUUCGCCAGUCUUGGCAUUGCGAUAUGCAUUGCUCUGCCUUCUUUAUUAAUCGGCGUGGCGGCUCACGGUAAUAAGUCGACGGAUCCAAUACAUCUGACCAUCGCAAGUGAUCAUGGAAAUAAAUCAAGUCCGCUGCUAUACGGGAUCAUGUUCGAAGAAAUGGACCAUUCUGGCGAUGGUGGAAUACAUGGACAAUUAUUGCAAAAUAAUGGUUUCCAAGGAACCAGUCUGAACAUCACAUCUUACGCCCCAGUAGGCAACGCGACGAUAUCCCAAGAUACUUCGAAGCAUGUCAGCAAAGCAAUCACGUCUUCACUCAAAGUAGAAGUACCAAAAGGUGUGACAGACUACGUCGGAUUUGCGAAUACUGGCUACAAUGGAAUCCCAGUCACGGGCGCGAUUUACAACAGUUCAUUUUGGAUGAUGGGCGACUAUUUCGGAACUGUGAACCUGCAACUCGUCGGGUCAAAGAGCGGUCAGAUUUAUGCUGAUCACAACUUGACUGUCAAGAGCACGAAAUCCAAGUUCACCGAGUUCCAGACGAGGUUCAAUACCAUCUACUGUCCGGACGGGUACAACGAGUGGCACUUAACGUUCGAUGGCUCAAAGGUAGAUGGAAGCUCCUUGAAUUUCGGAUAUAUCCAGCUGUUCCCACCGACAUUCAAAGGGCGAGAAAAUGGGCUGCGGGAUGACCUUGCAUCAUUUUUGGACGAGAUUCAUCCGAAUUUCCUUCGCUUCCCCGGUGGCAAUAACCUUGAAGGAUUACAGGUUGACAGUCGCUGGAAGUGGAAUACCACGAUUGGACCGGUCGUAGAUCGCCCGGGGAGGGAAAGCGACUGGUUCUAUCCAAACACCGACGCUCUCGGUCUAGAUGAGUAUCUCUGGUGGUGCGAAGACAUGAACAUGGCGCCCCUCCUAGCCGUGUGGUCCGGGAAAUCCUACGGGGAUAUCAUAUCAGGGCCAGAUCUCAAGCCUUUCAUUGAGGACAUCAUGAACGAGAUGGAGUAUCUAUUUGGAAACACAUCGACACACUAUGGAAGCAUGCGAGCCCGAAAUGGUCGCAAGGAGCCAUGGAAGGUCGAUCUGAUCGAGAUAGGCAAUGAGGACGACCUCACUCAUGGCUGUGAGACUUAUCCGGAUCGCUUCAAUCAAAUAUACAAGGCGAUCCACGAUAAAUACCCGCAUAUUACUCUCAUUGCUUCGAACGGUGAUUACAAGUGUCUUCCAUCGCCACUGCCCAAGGAUGUCAUUAUUGAUCUGCACUUAUAUCGAAAGCCAGAUGAAUUCGUGAAGCUUUUCAACCAGUUUGAUAACCAGCCGCGUAACCAAUCUGUGAUGAUUGGUGAAUUCGGAUGUCGAAAUACCUCUAUUGCAGAAGGUGAAUAUUGGCCGUACAUGCAAGGGAGCUGCAGCGAGGCCGUCUACAUGAUUGGAAUGGAGCGCAACAGUGACAUUGUCAAGAUGACUACCUACGCGCCUAUGCUACAGCACUUUGACUUCGUCUCUUGGUCGCCCACUCUGUACGGGUUCAACAAUACCCCCGAUUCAAUCACGCCCUCGACUUCAUAUUUCGUACAGAAGAUGUUCAUGUCCAACAAAGGUGAUACCAUCCUCCCCGUGGACUCAACGGCGGACUUUGGGCCACUUUACUGGGUAGCUUCGAAGACGAACUCGACGUAUUAUCUGAAAAUGGCCAACUAUGGCACCGAUUCACAGACGGUGAAAGUGAGUAUUCCAGGCACCAAAUCUGGGAGGCUGGAGAUGCUCGCUGGUCCUCGCUACCAGGGUGAUACACCGUACCAUGCGCAGAUUCAAACUGUUACUACCAGCGUCUUCAACCCACAGGGCAAUUACACUGUCACUAUGGAGCCUUGGGCAAUUGCCGCCUUGGCAGUCUCGUGA